AUGCCUAGCGCCAGUAUGAUUGUCACAGUGGGCCGAGUUUUCCGACAUCCAACUCAGCUUCAAUGCCACGGUGGAUGUGGUAAACAGUCUUGCCAACAUGGUGGAGAAAUUCAGGCAGGAACGCUUGGUCCUGAUCCAUCUUUCCCACCACCAGCGAUGGGCCCAACCAGUGGUUCCACAGCCACAGCAAUGGGCAUCAAAUACUUGACCGGUGUGUUCGGCCCUUCGGUUGCUCCCAAUGCUAAUUCUGUCGCUGUCGGUCAACCCUCAGCAUCUCGCCCAUUCAGUCGUCCUGAUGUGCAAGGCAGCACAUUUUCCAGUGGGCAACCAUCAUCUGAGUCAGUGCAGGCUAGUCCUUCAUCUGCUCCUGCCAUCCAAUGUGAUUUUAGUGUUUCAUGCCCUGCUUCUACUACUUCCUCCCUCCCUUGA